GCUCAUUUAAAAUGGACUGUGGCAAAGUGGAAAACUGUUCUGUGAUCAGACGAAUCAAAAUGUAAAGUUCUUUUUGUCUUCUAAACAUUUAGCAAAUGAGAACAGUUCAGUCAUUCAUGAUGCUGAUGACCUGUAGAGAAAUUCUUAUAAACUUCAGUGUUAUUAUUGAUACUAUAUACAAGUUAUAAUAUUUACACACACAAACACCAACAAUAUAGUGGUAAAGUGACAAAAAUAGUUUUCAUAAUAACUAUAGAUUCAAAUUAAUAUGUAGCUUAAAAUCAGUAGUAAUUUUUAUACACGUUAGAUUUACUUGGAUGGAUGGUUCUAAACUGAACUGUCAGUCAUGUUUUAGUUUUCACACAUUGACCACGACUUUGUUUCUCUGGUGUUAAAAGAAGACAAGCACUGACUACUUAAACACAUCUAUACAGGAACAAGGAACUAAACAGUUUAAUGUUAGACUGUUGAAGAGCAAACAUGUCUAAUGAUAUUUAUGACAAUGACUUUGGGACAGAGACUGAGGGAAUGAAAGGAGAGAGAAUAGAGAUGAUGGUGGAUAUCUAUGAGAGUGCAGAUCAUGUGAGAGAUUAUGAUUUUAAGACAGAGACAAACACCCACAAACCACUUCAGCGUACAGGAAGUGAUUCAGUGAAGAGCAGGAGCUCCAGAGCAGCUGUAGUGUGUUUGGUUCUGCUGUGUGUUCUUCUGCUGACUGCAGUCAUAGUGCUGUGUGUCCACAUCUACACAAACCUCACAGAACAAAGAAAUGAGCUUGAAAUCAAGAUCGCCAACCUCACAGAAGAAAGAAACAAGCUAGUAACCAAUAUCACCAACCUCACAGAAGAAAGAAACAAGCUUGAAAUCAAGAACAACAACCUCACAGAAGAAAGAAACAAGCUAGAAAUCAAGAACAACAACCUCACAGAAGAAAGAAACAAGCUAGAAAUCAAGAACAACAACCUCACAGAAGAAAGAAACAAGCUAGAAAUCAACAUCACCAACCUCACAGAAGAAAUAAAGACCAAGAGAGAGCAGCUAAUAAAUCAGCUUUCAAAUCUUGAUGAAUGGAUUUACUAUCAAUUCAGUUUUUACUAUAAGUCCAAUGAGACAAAGAACUGGACUGAGAGCAGACGAGACUGUUUGAAGAAAGGAGCAGAUCUGAUCAUCACAAACAACAGAGAGGAAUAUGAUUUUGUUAUGCAUAUUACUAAUAAAACAGAAUUCUGGAUUGGUGCAACUGACAUUGAUGUGGACGGCAGCUGGAAAUGGGUUGAUGGCAGCACACUGACCUCUGGAUUCUGGGCAAAAGGUGGAGAAGUAAACGAGCCAGGAGGAGGAACAUUAGAGAACUGUGCUGUGUCUUAUUCAACACAGUGGCCUAAUUUAAAAGGGUGGCAUGAUGUUAAAUGUAAUGAUGCUUAUAACUGGAUCUGUGAGAAGAGUAUUUUACCUCUCAUAUAA